CGUGGACGAAUCGCGUGGCGCCAAAUGUGGCGUGUACUAGUUUUCAGCCUACUGUCAACGUGGUUUUCUGAAGGGUUUUAAUGAAAUAAACCGUUCGUUUCGUAGGCAAAGCCACGCAAAACCUAGUUUAGUGAAGUGCGGCCCUUUUCCCACAAAAUAACCUCACAUUUUCCCAGUUAUGGAAUUCGUAACGCCAAUUCUUCUAGCUCUCGCCACAAUUUCGACAGUUUACAGUUUAAAACCGGGCGACUGCGAGGUAUGCAUUAAGGCAAUCGACAAAUUCUCGUCGAAACUCUCGGACGACGUCAAAAAGGACCCCAAGAAGAUAGAAACGGCGUUCAAAGAGUUCUGCAAGGGUACGAAAACAAAAGAGAAUCGAUUCUGUUACUACCUCGGCGGGCUCGAGGAGAGCGCGACCGGCAUUUUAAGCGAACUCUCGAAACCGCUAUCGUGGUCGAUGCCCUCGGAUAAAAUAUGCGAAAAGCUGAAGAAGAAGGACGGACAAAUUUGCGAGUUGCGGUACGACGUCGAAAUCGAUUUGAAAACCGUCGACUUGAAGAAGCUGAAGGUGAGAGAUUUGAAGAAGAUAAUUAACGACUGGGGCGAGGACUGCCAGGGUUGUAUCGAGAAGAACGACUUUAUACAAAAGAUAGAACAAUUAAAGCCGAUUCAUAGCGAGCUGUAGUUCAAUUUCGUUACGUUUAAUUAAUUAUUUAUGUGUAGAUAGGUAUGAGCGAGUGAUGUAUGCGACUUCCGAUAUUGUUUUGUGAUGUCAAUAUUUAUACCGACUGUAAUAGAUAAUUGCGAUAUUUUUCAAUA